UGUAACAACCCACCCUUGAGGACUUAAGCUCUCUCUCUAUAUAUCUACAUAUGCAUACAUACUAGCCUAUAGGACUUAAUUUCCCUUCUCUCUCUCUUUCUCUCUCUCUCUCUCUAUCUAUAUUCUAGCUCUUCCAUCUCUCAAUGGCAGAGUUCCUGAACCAAUUUUUUAGCAAAUUUACCCUCAAUUCAAUCAAAAUAAAAUCUGAAAGGGGGACUAUGAUACAAAAACUGCAUUUAAGACCAAUCCGAUAUGCGGUAACUGAAGAUAAACGGUGGACUGUUGUUAAGAAUGGAAAAGAUUCAUUGAACAUCUGCCGAGUUGUUAACGGGAUGUGGCAGACAAGUGGUGGUUGGGGAAGAAUUGACCAGGACAAUGCAGUUGAUGCUAUGCUUCGAUAUGCUGAUUCUGGGCUCACUACUUUUGAUAUGGCUGAUAUAUAUGGGCCUGCAGAAGAUCUUUAUGGAAUCUUCAUUAAUCGAGUCCGUAGAGAACGCUCACCAGAGUUAUUGGAAAACGUCAGAGGCCUUACUAAAUGGGUUCCACCACCUGUUAAGAUGACAAGUAGCUAUGUCCGUGGGAACAUCAAUGUUUCACUGAAGAGGAUGGAUGUUGCAUCCUUGGACAUGCUUCAAUUUCAUUGGUGGGACUAUGCAAAUUCUGGCUACCUUGAUGCACUAAAGCACCUUACAGAUCUCAAAGAAGAAGGUAAGAUUAAAACCAUCGCUUUGACUAACUUUGAUACGGAGAGGUUACAGAUAAUCCUGGAGAAUGAAAUUCCAGUUGUUAGCAAUCAGGUACAACAUUCAAUUGUUGACAUGCGUCCUCAACAAAAGAUGUCAGAGCUUUGUCAGCUUACAGGAGUUAAACUUAUAACAUAUGGAACUGUAAUGGGCGGAUUAUUGUCUGAGAAGUUCCUUGACACAAACUUAUCCAUUCCCUUUGCUGGCCCUCCUCUAAACACUCCUUCCCUUCAGAAAUACAAAAGGAUGGUUGAUGCUUGGGGAGGAUGGAGUCUCUUCCAGGUUUUGCUGCAAACUCUGAAAAAAGUAGCUUCUAAACAUGGGGUCUCAAUCCCAACAGUUGCUGUGAAAUACAUCCUGGAUCAGCCAUCCGUGGCAGGAUCAAUGAUCGGGGUUAGGCUUGGGUUGUCGGAACAUAUCAAAGAAUCCAGUGCUGUAUUUUCACUUGUUCUUGAUGAAGAGGAUGUAAAUAGCAUCCAAGAGGUUUCAAAGAAAGGGAAAGAUCUGCUAAGAGUAAUUGGUGACUGUGGGGAUGAAUAUAGGCGUGCAUGAGACACUCAAUUGCUGCAUUGUUAGGUCGCAUUAGAAUUUUCUUUUCCUUUUCUUACUCAUUUUGUUUCAUUAAUACAUACUGCAUAUUGUAAUCAUUUUGUAUCAGUGAAAAUUUUCGUAUGCCCUGUAAUUUACUAAAUAAUAAAACCUCUGUUUUGAUCUUA